AUGCUACCUCCAUCUUUUCUUCUGGGGCUCCUCGCCUUGUGCUCUGUGCCCACCUCUGCCUGGGUGAUUCCGCAGACCGUUUUGGGUCCUGCAAACCUUCUGGAGUCGACAUCUCAGGAAGACGGCCAUGCCCUCGCCCGUCCAUCCUGGUUUACCUCGGCCCUGAUGGCUCGUCGUAUGCUGGCUCUGUCUUCCUCUGGGGUUAUCGCAACCACUUUCCCGGACACCAUCCCUCCCACGGGUCGGACUCCGUCGUCGGUCGCAGGUCUUCCCAUUGGUCUGCGUGAGUACAUCGCCGACUGUGACGGGUCGCUACCAGACGAACUGUCCCACGGGGAUAAUGGGGACCCUACCAUCCUGGCCCUGCGCGUGGCCACUACGUUCCAGAAUAUCGGGGCUGGUUCGAACCUCAGUCUCGAGUUGGACUGGUGGGACCAUCUUGCCGAUGCGAGACCUGUCUAUCCCGGUCUGCCUGAUAGCCCUGCUGCCCUGCCUCGGAUUACCUUGUUCGGAUACCUGGAACCUCUCCCCGAGCUGUCGGCUUCUGCAUCGGCGACCCUCGAGAAGUGCUUCCUGGGAUCCCACCCGGAUGCCAAAGUCUGGUUGCCUGGGGUAUCUGGUUCCCCGCAUGCUAGCUUCUGGGCUCGAAUGGUGGUGACACAGGCCUACUGGAUCGGAGGAUUUGGUGAUGUGCAACAGAUCGGCUGGAUGAACGUGACAGAGUGGAAAGGGAUCCGACGCCACGGCAGUGUGGACGUCGGGGAUGGCCGGGGAUGGGAAGAUGUGCGACUCCCGGGGGAAAAAGAGACCCUGAUAUGA